AUGGAAAACGUCAAACCAGUGACAGAGCCUCCCGGGGUUUUGGUGGAUGAAAAGGACACUUCGGUCAACUCCACCGAAACCAGCAAGACUAUCAUCACUUUUGAGAAGGAUGACCCAGAGAACCCAUACAAUUGGUCCAAGAACAAGAAGCUGUUCGUGCUGUUCACCGCAACAAUGACUCUUUUCAACGGCACAUUAGCAUCAUCCCUCCCCGCCAACGUAACCGCUCCCAUGAGCGCGGCAUACGGGGUAGACAACACUCAAGGCAAUCCCGAACUAGCCCUUCCAAUCUCUCUCUUUCUCGUCGGCUAUCUCUUCGGCCCAUUGGUCUUCGGACCCCUCUCCGAGCUGGAGGGCAGAAGAUACGUUGUCCAAGCCGCCUUUGCAGGAUAUACUAUCUUCACGCUCGCUUGUGCCUUGGCUCCAAACUGGGCUUCAAUGCUUGUGUUCAGACUUAUGGCUGGUAUCUUUGCCAGCGCACCUACUGCUAUUGGUGGCGGCAUGAUGGCUGAUAUUUAUGCGGAUUUGAAAACACGAGGAAGAGCCCUGACGUGCUUUUACUCUGUGAGCAUUUGCGGCCCUCUCAUCGCCCCUACGAUAGCGGGUUAUGUGUCCGAAGUUUCAUGGAGAUGGGCUUUCUGGGUCGGUCUGAUCGUUGCUGGUGCGACGAUCCCACCGCUAGCAUUUCUGCCAGAGACUUUCGGCCCUACGAUCCUUGCGCGACGAGCGAAGAAGAUUCGAAAAGACGCCUCAAAAACAGGAAACGCCAAUGUCGAAACUUACGCGGCAAUCGAACUCGAAGCAAAAGGCUGGAGGAAUCUAAUGAGCGUCGUCCUGGUCCGCCCAGUCCAGAUGCUUUUCACAGAGCUCAUUGUCGCCGCAUCAAGUUUCUACAUCGCCUUAGCAUACAGCAUUUACUACAUGUUCUUCCAAACGUACCCCAUCGUCUUCAAGGGUAUUUACGGAAUGUCCACCAAGAUCAGUGGUUUCAUGUACUUCCCCAUCGCAGCUGGUGUCUUCCUUGGAAUGGCCAUCUUUUUACUUUGGGAUGCAUACUACACGAAAUGCAAGAAAGCUGGUCGACCCUGGGCUCAGAAGACGGAGUUUAGCAGACUUCCCUUAGCAUGCAUUGGUGGUCCUCUCUUGGUUAUCUCAAUGUUCUGGCUCGGCUGGACUGCGCGGCCGAGUAUUUCCUGGAUAUCGCCUAUGAUGGCCGGCGUUCCCUUUGGAACAGCUCAGAUCCUCAUCAGCAUGUCACUCACGAACUACUUGGGCGACUGUUAUGGCGUUUACUCCGCUUCAGCGAUGGCCAUCGGUUCAUGUCUUCGAAAUCUUGCAGCAGCAGGACUUUGUCUCGCUGCAGCGCCAAUGUAUACUGCUCUCAGUGUCGGAUGGGCUUCGACUCUGCUUGGAAUUGUUAGCGUGUUUAUGUGCGCGAUUCCGUUCGUGUUUAUUAGUGGUCUCGCGACCGAAAUGGCGAUCUUCAUCCAACCUCUGACGUAUCAGAGUCAGAACGUCACCAUUUCAGAUUGGAUCGGUGUCCUGACUCUAUGUCUUGCUCCUCUUGUCGCUCACGUUCUCAUCGGCGCGCCUUCACCGACGUACCUCUCCCUCAGUCGUCCGCCGUGGCACGAGAGAGUUUGCCAUUACAAUCCGACGUCUAUCCUAUGGCGAUACGCUAUGGUCGCUGAUCGCCGACUGAGGGCCAAGAACUGGGAUAGAAUCGAUCUAGCCGCUACGAAUGCUCUGUUCUGGACGGAUCAAGGAUGGGAUGGAACCGAGGAAAUUAUUCAGUACGCUCGUCCGCGCUGUGUCCAGCUUCCGGACGAUGAUAGAGUAACUCUGCUCUCUCGCGAUGCCUUCAAGACUCUUAUCAUCACCGUUCAAGGAAUCCAGGCUAUCAUUCUAUUGCUGAGUAGUCAGAUCGAUCCUGGCUCACCCGGUUUUACCAUCUUCAUGGGCGUCGACAUUAUCUUCUUCCCGGUGGCACUCUUCGGCCUGCUACGCCUCUGCAGUUGCAUUUGGCUCACCGACGAGUUCUCUUUCGCAUCUAUGGAUGAUGUUCCUUUGGGUACACCCCAGAUGAUUGAGUGCAGCAGCGCCACAUUCGAGCUUCUGUCUACCAACCCCACACUAUCCGGUCCGCAACGAUUCCGCAACCCUUCGUUCUGGGGUAGCAGACUAUUUCGAUUGACAUACCUAUUGGCUCUGCUUGGACUACUCAUCCUCGGGUUGUCGUUCAUCGUAACGAUCAGAGGCCCGAUAUUCUACACCUUCACUGUCUUCACCGUUUUGCUCUUCUACAUAUUCCUCCUCGGCAUGACGGCCCUCAUAUCGAUAUGGUACCUCGGUAUUAAGAAUUCAAGGUCUACCGUCAUCCCAAGCAUCUCAUCUUUCUGGUACAAGUUCUACACAGGGCUUGUUUUCGGCUUCGGGAUCGCAAUUAUCGUCAUUGCAUGUAUCGAGACACGCAAGACUCCCUGUGGAAAGUUCACGAGUGGUGUCGGUUGGCAGGCAGAUGCCAUGGCAUGCAUGGGUAAUGCAUUUGACAAACAGGAAACGAGGCAGAUGGUCGAUGGACCAUAUAACGGAACGGCUUAUUAUGGGUUUAUGCACGCGAAGAACUCUAGUUUCGUGCAGGCUAGCUAUAUCGACGAGGAACACAACAGGUUCAACUUUACCAGGAUGUGCUUUAGUAGCAUUUAUGGGGUCUAA